CAUUUUAUGGUAAUAGCUUUGUGGAGUUGAACAUGACAGAAGCAUCAUCUCAGAAUUUCUUACAGUUGCGGUUUCGAACAAGCAAGCCACAUGGGCUGCUUUUUCUUGCAGCUGGGAAGAAUGAUUAUUGUUUAAUGGAGCUAUGCUCAGGAAGUUUACAGUUGAGAAUUAACUUUGGCAUGGGGGAGCGAGUACUGCGUUCUCAGCAAAGAUCUCAGCUGAAUGAUUUAGAUUGGCACCUCGUUGAACUACAUCAUGAACAUGAUAAUGUCACAUUGGUAAUUGAUAACCAUGAUAGAACUAGUGCAAAAAUGCCUGGAAUUCUUUACGAAUUAAAUAUUGAUUAUGGAUUCUACUUAGGUGGUACUAAUAAACUUGAUGUUCCCUACCUUGUUGAAGCAGUACCUGGUUUUCGUGGAUGUAUCGAUGAUGUGUUGUUCAAUCAGCUAGACAUUCUGAUGCCUUUGAGACCUUCUCCUGGUUUUAAAAAUGUCCAUGAAGUUUUGGUGGGAUGCAGUGAUGAAUUCUUCGCAGGUGAAGAUGAACCCAUUAGUUUCUUCAGUUCCAGAUCCUAUGUUUCUUUCCCAUCAUGGAAUGUUGAUGAUGAGGGAAUCUUGGAGUAUACAUUGCAAACCUCAGCUGCGCGUGGCUUGCUGCUUUACCAUCCUGGGCAAGCAGGAGAUUUCAUUGCAAUGGAGAUAGAAGAUGGAUUAAUUAAAGCCUAUGUUGGAAAACAUAAAAGUAGAGCCCAGCUUUCCUCUCGUAGGUCAGUCAAUGAUAGUCAUUGGCACUACGUUGAACUGAAAUUUACUGCAGGAUAUUUGCAGCUGACUUUGGAUGAAGAAAUUGUGAAAAAAUCAUUGCCUCCUCACAGUAAGCUGCCGCUUCUGAAGGGGUCUCUCUUUGUAGGUGGUGUAGAUGACAGCACACGAUCAGAUGUGAUUAAGUUAGAGCUUAUCUCAGUGUCUGGGAAGUAUGCCAGAGGAGGAUCCUUUAAAGGUUGCUUAAGAGACCUGAAAGCCAAUUCAGAAAAGAAAUCGCUAAAGAAUGUUCUUGUAACAAAGGACAUUUCAGCUGGAUGUGAAACAGAAAGUGCUUUUAAUACAAAUCUUUCUUUAGAGGUGCCUGUAAAGAACGCUACUGUGAAAGCAGCCCCCACAUUUGCCAUUUCCCCUGAAAGCCCUCUCUCUCUGGGCAAGGAAGACAAAAGCCACCUUUUAGUUCUAAGUAACUUGGUUGUACUAGAGGGUGGACAAGCUUCACUUGAAUCUGAGCAUAUUAAAGUCAACUUAGACUUUCAGAAAUUAGGAAUUCAUCAGUCACAAAUUCUUUUUGAAAUAAAGGAACCACCCUCUCAUGGAGACUUGAAACUAGGUGUUGAACCAGCACAAGAAGUAAAUACAUUUACUAUGCAGGAUGUGUGGCAAGGGAAGGUUCUUUAUGUCCAUGAUGGCUCUGAGGGCACUUACGAUUAUUUUAAUUUCUCCAUUUCUGCCAGCAGUGAGAAGAUUGUUGCUCCAUAUUUGCAAGGAAAUGAGCAGCAUGUAUUUAGCAUUACUGUCACUCCAGUAAAUGAUGCACCUGAGAUCACACUUCCCAAGGGAAACUUGCUUCUUCUCAUAGAGAACUCAAAGAAACGUUUGUCUAGUGAUCUGAUAAAAGUUCUAGAUAGGGAUACAGAUACUGUGGAUCUCUGUCUUUCAGUGCUUGGAAAUCUGAAUGCAGAUGCAGGAUUUUUAGAAAAUUCAAAGCAUCCUGGUAAAGCUAUUACUACCUUUUCUAAUGAAGACUUAAGAGAAGGCACUGUUUUCUUUGUCCACACAGGCGUCAAGAACUCAAGGAUUGUUCUGAGAGCAAGUGAUGGUGAGAAGGUGAGCAACACUGUUGUGUUACGUGUCAUGGCAGUUCCUUUGAAUUACAGAAUUGUCAACAACUCAGGAAUAAAACUACUCCAAGGUGUUACAGCUCUGAUCACACCUAGGCAUCUGGCAGUUGAAACAAAUGCCAGCCUUCAGGAGCUGGAGAUACGAUAUGAGAUCACAGAAGCACCCCAAUUUGGGGAGGUCCAAAGGCAGCAUUCAAGGGGGGAAUGGAAGCAAGUCAACUCUUUUUCUCAACGCUCUGUUCAGCGCAGUCGUGUGAGAUACUGUAGCACUUAUAAAGAAAUUCAGCUGGAAAACGUUACUGACCAAUUUAAAUUCAAAGUUAGCAUAGGAAACAGAAUGAGUGAAGAGCACGUGUUUCCGAUCAAAGUGAAAUGGUUAAGGUACAGUUUAUUGAAACAUACUCCUCUAGAAAUUGAAAAAUCAAAAAAUAAUUACUUGAAUUCAGAUAAUCUCUUUGCUGUGCUUGUGGGUGUAGAAAUACCUGAAGAUGAACUUCAUUUUAAAUUGCUGACCCUACCAAAGCAUGGACAGAUACUGCUUAAUGACCAGCCUUUGAAAAAAGAUUCAGUCUUUAGCCAGAAAGAUAUUACUGAUCAAAAAGUGGCAUAUGAAUUAAUCAGCAGAUACCAUGAAGACAACCGUGAUUCAUUUAGAUUCCUCAUUUCUACAAAGUAUCUGGAAUCAACUUUAUAUGACUUUGAAGUCUACAUCAAAUCAGAUUUCAGAAACAUUAUUUUGACUAACAAUGGCCUGACUGUUACUGAAGGUGAAGGAGAGUUAAUAACAAGCACAAAAUUGUUUGUACGAACACUGGAUAAGAAAACUUUCCAAUAUAAAGUUACACAGUUUCCGAAGCAUGGGAAAUUAAAACUCAUUAAUUUUUCAGGCUCAUUCGAGAGUAAUGAUAAUCUCACCACUUUCACUAAUACAGAUAUAACUGAUAAGCGCCUUAUAUAUGUGCAUGAUGAUUCUGAGACAGUGUUUGAUGAAUUUCUUGUCAGAGCUUCCAGUGAAGAUCCAGAAGUAGAACCUUUGUCAGUAGAAAUUAAAUUCAACAUUUCUGUCCAGCUGAAGAAUGAUGAAAAACCAGUACGUGUAAUUGAUAAGAUAUUUAACAUUGUGAGAAAUGGGCAGCGAUUAUUAACAUUGGCAGAUCUUUGCUAUCAUGAUCCUGAUUUGGAUUUUGAUGAUGGACAAUUGCUAUAUACUAGACGUGGCAUUUCCAAUGGGGAUUUGGUGCUAACAAAUGAUACUUUGCACAGACUCUACCAGUUCAAACAAGUGGAUCUGGAGCAAAAGCAAGUACUGUUUAUACACCAUGGUGCAGAUUUUGGGCGUUUCGUGCUCUUUGUGACAGAUGGCAAGCACUAUACCUCUUCACUUCUAGAAGUUAAUGCCACUGAUCCAUAUGUUAGGUUGGCAAAUAAUACAGGCUUGUUGAUUCAAAAGGGGAAAGAGGAAGCUCUUACCACAGCUAACCUAAGUGCUAUUACAAACCAAGACAUAAGAAGUGAUCACGAGCUUACAUAUGAGAUACUAUCUUUCCCAAAAUAUGGAAGAAUAUAUGUAAAUAAUCUAUUGAUGGAUUCCUUUACUCAACUUGAUCUGAUAAAGGGGUAUGUGACCUACAGGCAUGAUGACAGCAACAACCUUAUUGACAUGUUUAACUUUACCGUCCAUGCUAGAGAUGCCCAUCUGGAUGCUGGAGUGCAUGUUCGCAUAUAUUUGGAAAGUCAUCAGUGGCCACCAAGAAUUGUGAACAAAAACAAUCUCUUGGUUGAAGAAGGAAAACCAGUUAAAAUCAGUAAAGGAAAACUGCAAGUUGUUCAUGAAAACAGUUCUCCAUCUGAGAUUGUGUUCACAGUAAGACAGCUUCCAGUACAUGGAUACAUUCGGAAGUUUUCCUCAGAAGAGAGUUAUCUUGGUGCUGACCAAAGGCCAGUUUUGAGCUUCACACAGCAAGAUGUUGAUGAAGGCAAAGUUCAGUAUGUGCAGACAGUUUCUGACCAACUAGAUGACCGUUUUUCUCUGGAUGUGACCAACGGUGUCCAAACAGUGAGUGGAAUAGAGAUCUCUGUAGACAUCAUCCCCAGAAUGAUUCCACUGGAAGUACAGAACUUCACAGUAAUUGAAGGGGGCUCCAAAGCACUGGUGGAAGACUAUCUAAAAAUUUCUAGUAGACACUUUGCAGGACUCAGCUGUGAAUUUAUUUUAAUUGAGCAGCCAAAACAUGGGUAUGUUGAAAACUCUCAUGUUCCUGGAAUAAAGUUAACCACAUUUACCAGAAAACAGGUGGAAGAAGAAUUAAUCUACUAUGUUCAUGAUGACAGCGAGGAACCGAUGGACAAUUUUACCGUGAUAGUAAAUAACACGGAACUCUGGAAACAAAGCUUGCCACAAACUGUUUUUGUAACAGUUACUGCAGUAAAUGAUGAAUCUCCUGUUAUAAAAGUUAACAGAAUUCUUCAGAUCUGGGUGAGUUCAGUCACAGAAAUAACUAUUGAUGACCUCUGUGCAGAAGACAAGGACUCCUCACCAUCAGAACUGAUAUAUGCCAUUACUCCACCGAGCAAUGGGCACUUGGCUCUGAAGCCUUUUCUAAACAAGAGCAUCCUUAGUUUCACCCAAGCUCAUAUAAUUGAAGGGCAGCUGGUAUUUGUACACAAUGGAGCAAUGUCUGGAGGCUUCAACUUUCAGGUAACAGAUGGUUUGAACUUUGCACCUCGACAGAUUUUUAGCAUCACAGCUAGGACACUAAUCAUUAGCCUUGAAGUGAACAAAGGACUCGGAGUUUUUCCAGGUUCCAGGAAACCUAUUUCACGACAUGAUCUGAAAGCUGUAACCAGUGAUGUGACCAAUGCAGGAAACCGAACUAUAACUUUUAUGAUUGUAACCUCCCCAAAGCUUGGAAGGCUGAUCAGAGUAAAUUCUGAUAAUACCACUCAGGAAAUCCUCAGUUUUACGCAGUCUAUGGUGGAUGAAGGUGUGAUCAUGUAUGAGCACUUACAUGCCGAGUCAGCUGGCUGGAGUGCAGAAGAUUUUUUCACAUUUACUGUUUCCUCUCCACCAUCAGUUCUGGACCUCCAGGUGUUCCAUAUUGUCAUUUCAUAUGAAAUUACUAGGCAUGAUGGGAACAGUCGUCUUCUGGCAAAUACAGGUGCCAUAGUCCAGGAAGGAGGCAGAGUAUUAAUCAACAAAACAAAUUUAGAUGCUUCAAAUCUAUUGAUUAAGCUACCUGAAGUACAGCGCUCGAUGUAUGAAGUCUGGUAUCAAGUUGUAUGUUUACCCCAACAUGGCAUGAUUGUUGCUGGAGAAAGAAACGUUACCAAAGAAAAACCUAACUUCUCCCAAUACAUACUGAAUAAAUUUGGAAUUGUGUACAUACAUGAUAAUUCCGAAUCACUUAAUGACAAUUUCACUUUUGCUGUUUGGUUAAACCUGAAGAGCAAGUCUGCAACAAAGCCCCAUAGUGAAGUUUUAGAGGAGAUGUUUAAUAUCACUGUUGUUCCUGUGAAUGACCAGGCUCCAGAAUUGAAGACUAAAAGGCUGCACUUGAAAGUCUUGCAGGGAGAUGUGUCAGUGCUGGGGUCAGAGAAUCUGAAAGUUGAAGACCUAGAUAAUGCCCCAGAUGAGCUCAAAUACACCAUUGUUAGCAACCCCAAUAAUGGUUAUUUAGCAAUGAAAAGCAAUCUCACUGUCUCUAUAAAGGAUUUCACACAAGCUGAUAUUGACAGUGGUAAGGUUUGGUUUGUACAGGAUGGAAGUUCAUCCUCUGGGGUGUUUUAUUUCAGUGUCACUGAUGGCAAACAUCGUCCUUUAUACAAACUCUUCAGUCUUGAAGUCAUACCAAUCACUCUUGUCCUGGUCAACCGUACCAAUGUUGCACUUCCACAGGGCCAGACAUCUGUCACUAUUACUAACAUGCAGCUUUCAGCUGUCACAAAUGGAAAGAGCACUAAUAUCAUGUAUGAAAUAACUCAGCCGCUCAAAUACGGGCACCUGAUGAUUGGAAAUGAGCAGGUUACUAAAUUUGAGCAGGCAGAUUUGUACGCAGGAAGCCUGUCUUACCACCUGACAAAUCUCACUGCAUCCAGAGAAGUACUGGAGUUUAUGCUUUUCACUGCAGAAGGCAAUCUAACAGGACAAGUGCUGAACAUCACAGUGAAACCUUUAUUACAAGUUGUACCUGACAUGCAGAUUUCAAAUCAAGCAGCUUAUAAAUUCAGAAGCAGUGACCUGGAUGCUUCUGAGCUAGCUAAUUUGACAAAUAGUAAUCCUAGAUUUGAAGUGAUAGUGCCCCCGUCUCAUGGAAGGAUUGUAAAGAAGAGGUUUGUGAAUGAUGCUGUGUUUGAAGAUAUUCAGACAUUCACCCAGACUGACAUUGAUAAUGGUGUUGUGCUUCUAGACAUAAAUACGAAUAUGACAGGCAUUGAUCUAUUAAAUGACUCAUUCACUUUUAUACUCAGGGCAGAUGCUGUGCAGCCUGCUGUCGGCUGUUUUCAGUAUUCCAUCGUGCCAUACAGUCCUCCACUUGUGCAGGGUUUUACAACUGAAGUGCCUUCCAUAACCAGCAUGACCACUUUGAAGAUUCACACUACCUCAAAGGGCAAGACACCAGCCUCCUCUGAGAAUGAAGAGCCUGCAGUAGCACCACGGAAGACUGAAUCAACCAUGUGGCCAGGGCAGAAUCACUGGGGAAAUAUACAUGAGGAAGGUCCAUUGCUAAAUCUGACAAUGGGAACAAGUGGAUCUGCGAGGAUUAAGACCACAAACCAGGUUAAUGCCAGGAGUCCCAGAGAGCAGGCAGGUGAAAGCAGCAACCCUUGGUACAUCAUUAUACCCCUGGUUCUGGUGUCUGUGCUACUCAUCGUUGCUGUUAUUUCUGUGUGCGUUAUGCUAAUGUGUCAGAAGAAAGAGAAGACAAAAGUGCUCGUCAGAAGUCAAACAGAUACAGUCCUCAGUAGUCCAGAUCGAUGUAUUGAACGGAGCUUGACUGUACCCAGUGUUACAGUGACUCCUCUCCUGAAGGGGGCCGAGAGAAGUGCACCCUCAACACUCAUAAGAGUAAGACAUGAGCAGCUGCUUCCUGCAGUUGCUUCUCCAACUGUAGAACGGCCUCUGCAAAACAGCUGGUUAAACCUUGAUCCUGAAAUGAUCCAGUAUUGUCGAAAAACAAACCCAACUUUGAAGCGCAAUCAAUACUGGGUGUAGUUAUGGCCAGAUUUGGUCAUGCUAGUUGAUGCAGUAUGGAAAAGAGAGCAUACAUCGUUGACAUAUACUUUGUUCUUUAUUACACUUAUUUAUUAUAAGUCAAAUGAUGUUUGUUAGGUGAAAUACAAAUAUCUGUGAAAUAAAAAU